UGCGGCAUCAUGCGGCGGCUCGGGCUGGUGGGGCUGCUCGGAGCGGCGCUGCUGGGGUGCUGGGAGCCUGGUGAUGCUGUCAGAUGCUUUGAUAAACAGUAUGAAUACAGAGGCAGAUGCUGCAACCGGUGUCAUCCAGGAGAAAAGCUGGUGUCUGAAUGUAGUGACACAGAGGACUCUAUCUGCACCCCUUGUGAGAGUGGCCACUACCAGCAGAGCUGGACCAAAGAGAAGCAUUGUGCCCCCCACGAUAUCUGUGAAGACAACACUGGCCUCGUCGUGAAGACACACGGCAAUGCGACGCACAACACGGUGUGCCAGUGCCGGGCUGGCACGCACUGCUCUGACACCAGCUGCCAGACCUGUGUGGAGAACCAGCCCUGCCAGCGUGGCUUUGGCUUUGUGGCGGCCAAAGCCAUGGCCCGGAUGACAUCCCCCUGUGAGCCCUGUGCAGAAGGCACCUUCUCCAAUGUCUCUUCCAAAACCGAGCCGUGCCAUCCCUGGACAAGCUGUGAGGAAAAGGGGCUGAUGGUGAAGGUGAAAGGGACCAAUGCCUCAGAUGUGAUCUGUGAGUCGGGCAGGCGGUCCUUGCUCUCCGUGCUCAUUCCCAUUGCUGCCGUUGCUGUCACAUUCCUCGUGGGCAUCGUCGUCUACUACCUGGUGCACAGGGAUCCCAAGCAACAGAUGCAGAAGCAGGGGAAACCUGGGAGGCCUGAAGAGAACUUGGAGACACAUCAGCCCACUGAGGAGUGGGAGGAUCCCUUCCCUGUGCAGGAGACGUUGCUCAGGGGCCAGCCCGUGGCACAGGAGGACGGCAAGGAGAGCCGCAUGGCCGAGCAGGAGAGGCUGUGAGGGCAGCGGCUGCUGCCCCGGCCCCAGCACGGACCGGGGCCGGCUCCAUCUCCUCUGCUCCAGCUCCAGCCUGGGAGGAAUGCGGCACCUGAGCUGGCCCCGGCGCUGUGAGCCCGCAGCGGAGCUCGGCGCGGCCAGCGCCGCGGGGUACCGCAGCAGUGCCCGUGCUGCGGCAGAGCAGCGCCCCCUGCCGGCACCGGUGCAGCGGCAGAACAGCGCCCCCUGCCGGCACCGGUGCAGCGGCGGAGCGCGGCUGCAGCCGCCGGGACCCUGCGGCCGGGCACGGGCAGGCCUCAAACGGGAGCG